GGAGUCUAAAAUAGUCUGUUCGAUUUUCCCCCAUAUUAAAUAUUCCGAUAACCGAUAAUUCGUAAUCGGCAUGCCAUUCUUUCAUACUGUUUUCAUAACACAUUUUCUUGCUUUGGUAAAGUUUUGAAUAAAUCUUGAAAUGUCCUUAUCACCUGCCAGUGGCAUUGGCCGCUUUUAUAAACAUUCUGCCAAGAUAAUACGUUUUGUCCGCCACGGUUGUGCAAAUCGCCCAUUCUAUCACAUUGUUGUCAUGGAGCGUCGCAAGAAUCAACAUCAGCCUGUCAUUGAACAAGUUGGCUCCUAUGACCCGAUGCCAAAUGCGACAAACGAACGUCUGGUUGCCUUAAAUACGGAACGCAUACGGUACUGGCUAGGAAAAGGUGCUCACAUGUCCGACCCAGCGGCGGAGCUGUUAGGAAUUGCCGGUCUACUGCCCGUACAUCCACGCACCUAUAUGAACGCUUGGCGUAAUCGCAAAGCAGCGGCAGAGGCAGCAGCAACUGAAGCCGUAAAGUCUGCCGAGACGGCAUAGUUGUGCAUUA